AGACACAGUGUGCCGAAGUUUUAGGCAACCGCAGAGCGGCUGUACUGGGUGCCAUACAACCUCCAGCGGUUCAAGGAAGCAGUUACGAGCUACGGUCUGCAAUCAUUGAAAGUUUUAGUCACGGAUACACGGGUGAUUGUUACUUCGAAUGGAUGAACCAGUACGGAUACACCUUCAGAUUGAAGAUAUACGGGGAAACCCGUCUCAUGACGGUGGAGCCUGAGCACAUCAAGGCAUUUCUAGCUACCCAAUUCGAGAACUUCGAGAAAGGCCCUGUUACUUUUGAUCAACUUCACUCUCUGUUAGGAUUAGGUGUAUUCAAUUCUGACGGAGAAAGAUGGAAGACUCAUCGAAACAUGACUCGUCCUUUCUUCAGUAGGAACAGAAUCAGCGAUUUUGAUAACUUUGAACGUCACACAGAGAACACCAUCUCUACCAUUAAGGCUCGUCUAACUCAAGGUUACCCCAUUGACUUCCAGGACGUUGUGGCUCGUUUCACGCUCGACUCCGCAACCGAAUUCUUAUUUGGGAAGGAUGUCGGGUCGCUCGGAGCCAACUUGCCUUACCCAGAAAGUUCACCCCUGGCGAACGAUCCCUCCAUCUUGAACCAUCCUUCCAAUGUUUUUGUCCGUGCUUUCAUGCAAGGUCAAAUUCACACAGCAUUUCGAGCUAGAUUUGGAAUGCUGUGGCCUUUGAAGGAGAUUUGGUCAGACAAGGUGUCACCGUACCGGCAACAAGUCGAUGAAUUUGUGAAUCCGAUCCUCGAAGAGAGGAGACAACAUCUUGCAGCGGAGAAGCCCAGCGAUGAUGAUAACGAGGGAGAGACGUUCUUGGACCAUCUGAUCAAACAUACCGCAGACAAUCAAGUCAUCAAGGAUGAACUCGUAAAUAUACUCGUCGCUGGACGUGAUACGACUGCUUCCCUCUUGACCUUUUGUAUCUACGUCUUAACUGAACGACCUGACAUCACGGAAAGACUAAGACUCGAAGUCCUGGAGAAAGUGGGGCCUAAUGCUCGCCCCACAUACAAAAUCAUCUCUGAGAUGAAGUUCCUACGUGCUUUCAUUAAUGAAACUCUUCGGCUGUACCCAGCAGUCCCAUUCGACGGAAGAACGACUAGAAGUCCCGUUGUUCUUCCACAGACAGAAACCCAACCGGCGUAUUACAUUCCCGCUGGCGUGAAGUGCUUGUACAGUGUCUUUCUGAUGCAUCGUCGAGCCGACCUUUGGGGCCCAGAUGUGCUAGAAUUCGACCCCGAUCGUUUCCUCGAUGAACGAUUGCACAAGUACUUGACACCCAAUCCUUUCAUAUUCCUCCCGUUCAAUGCAGGCCCACGCAUUUGCCUCGGUCAACAGAAGGCACUGUGGGUGAGGAUGAAGGACGCAAACUUAGCAUGAGUAGUUCGACGAAUGUAAAUGGAUGUCUUUGUCCACCAAUACCAUGUAUAUUAUCAUCAUGCGUUAGAUUAGGUUAGAUUGUACUGCUCAUCGAUUGGUAACGGUAUUUUUUUCUGGUACCGGUCUUCUUCGCUCCAUGUAUCCAUUCUCCAAAUUUGAGAUCACCUUCAUUCUGUUCGAUGCUUAUUGCCUCGACCUUGCUUCAUGGAUAUCAUUUCUCGAAAAUUAUCUCCAUUUGAGUUUAGUUUCACGUGAUUUCUUUGCUCCUCUACUUUUACUUCAACUCGGGAUAAUAUCUCUGCUGUUGUGCCACCCAAUGGAAACCAU